AGUGAAAGCAAAAUAGGUCAGUGAAGUUGUCAAAAUGUUUGAUGAAAUGAAAUUAGAAAAAAGUAAAUAAAAUACUUUCUACAAUGUUUGGGCAGCGAUAAAUCAAGGCAACGUUUUUGUUUUGGUGUGUUCUAUGUUGAGUGGAAACAGGCUAAUCUACGGCACAAAAAUGGCUAGCAACAUUCCCGAUUUUAACUACUGCUGCGAAAUUUGCGGCCUGGAUGGUCUGAGCGAGGAUGAAUUUCGCUUGCACACUCACACCGCUCAUGUGGAGGGCUAUGGUGUGUGUCCUUUCUGUGAACUUUCCACUGUCAAUCCUGCUGAGCUCAUUAUUCAUGUAAAUCAGGCUCAUUUGGAUUUUCUGACUCCAGAAUCUGAGCAGAACAUGAGCUUUAUUGAUGAGCCCAGCCCAAGCAGCGAAUGCAAUGGCUUCAAUGGAGAAAGCAGCCUUCAUUGGAACAAUCCAGCUACGUUCUCAGGCAGGAACUUCGAUAGUGAUAAGGACAACAAAAGCAACUAUUCCAAUAUCAAUCUCAGUCCAAAAGUAAACGGUGGAGGCGAAGUUGCAUCUCAAAAUUCGAGCCACGGCCAGGGAUCGCCGUUACGAUCAAAUCUGGCUCUCAAACUUACUAGUAGAGCUGCAGCUCUGCAAUGUCCAAUGUGCAGCUAUACGAGUAACAGUCCAAAUGAGCUAGAAGAGCAUGUUAACAGGAGCCACUUUGAUUUAACCUCGCCAUCAAUUGGAACAGGCAAAACCGAAACCUACUCAUGCCCCUUGUGCGUAAAAUCGUUUAACUCAGCCCGCGACUUGGAGCUUCAUGUCAAUAUAGAGCACAAAGAUGUUCUGUCUCCCGCCAGUCCGGCUGCAUAUUCCUGUCCAGUGUGUGGGGUGUCUUUGGACAGGGACAGUGAUAGCGAGGCUGCACUGCGACAUGUAGAGUCGCAUUUCCCUGCCGGCUCGCCUCAGCCAGUGGAUAGAGCGGCCCUACGCGAGCGGGAGAAGCGGGAGUUUGAAAUGCUUCGUGCUCAAUAUGGAAUGGAUAAUCAGGGAAAUUUCCGAGAACAGUCCGUUACUAACAUGCAACGAGCAGUCUAUGCUGGGGAAAUGAGCGUGGCCGAUUAUUACGAGCGUCAGCUGGAUCUUAGAGCCGCGGAAAGCUGUGGUGUGGAUGAUGGUAACUCAGUGACGCGAAGUAUUGUUCCAAGAGUAAAGGCCAUGAGCGGUAAUGCGACCAAUGUAACACGCACGUUACUGUGUACCUGCGUGGAUCACUACGCGUCUUCAUAUGGUGAUCGGGGCUGGGGGUGCGGAUACCGAAACACUCAAAUGAUCAUAUCAAGCCUGUUAAAUCAUACGGGGUACAACGAGAGACUGUACAAACUCUGGCAAAAGGACAAACCGCCGAGAAGCUCAGUGCCGAGCAUAUCACGCAUACAGGGACUUAUUGAGCAAGCCUGGUCUCAAGGAUUUGAUAUUCAAGGAUCUGAACAGCUCGGUUGUAGACUGGUCAAUACAAGGAAAUGGAUUGGCGCUACUGAAGUGGUGACUUUACUGUCCUUUCUGCGAAUUCGGUGCCAGUUAGUGGACUUUCACAGAUCUACAGGUCCGGGCGGAUCGCAUCCGGAGCUCUUCAAAUGGGUCUUGAACUAUUUCGAGAGUUGCGUUGGAGGAGAAUUCACGCCGCCUUUAUAUUUACAACAUCAAGGACACAGCCGGACAAUCAUAGGCAUUGAAGUGCACAGGGAUGGCAAUUCAGUCCUUUUAGUUCUCGAUCCGAGCCACUCACCGCAACAGAUGGCACAACUGGGCGAUACCAGUAGUGCAUCUGGAGCCCUUCGCUUGUUACGAAAAAGUGAGGCCGCCAUGAAGGCGAAACAAUAUCAAAUAGUUGCUGUGGUUGGAACGCUUGAUAAUGAUCAGCAAUAUCAGAAUAGUAAAGUGCUGAGAGGCACUAGAAUUCCCCAAGAAAGAUGAGGCUAAUGGCAACGCUCUUAGAUUAUAAUUCCGUUUCCGCUUGAAUAAAAUCUUUAUCAUUGUUCUACCACCUUUGCUGUUCAAGUAAGGUUUACAAACCACCAUGGAGCUCGAAUUUGCCCAUUUAAUGGAAUGUGCGUUGAAUCUGCUUUGCAUAGAUUUGCUUAAAGAUAGUACCUGCUGCUAUAUAAAAUUCAAUGAUUUCAAAACAUUAACUUCGAAUAGGAAUUGUGAUUUAGUCUAGGUUUACUUUUACGAACUUGCAGAUCAUGUGAUUUAUUGAUAGCUUUUUAUUUAUUCCAUCAAAGAUGUAUAUAUGUAAUAUAGUGUGUAUGUUAUCAGGGGUGUGGCUUAAUUGAAGGGUUAAACUAAACCACACCCCUGAUUAUAUACACACUAUAUUACAAUACGUAUUUGAUUGGAUUUUCUUCAGUGGGUACAAUCCCGGUUCCUUUAUUUUUAAUUUAUUAUAUGAUGAGCAUGUAGUCAGUUCAAACAACAUAGAAGGAAUUGAUGGAAUCGAUCGUUGUUUAAUUAAGCGAUUAGUAGAUGCUUCAUAGUCAAGUUGAAAUGAAUUAUGAUUUAGAGUAAUCAGGGUGAAAAUGUUGUAGGCCUUAAUAGAUUAUAUAUUUGUUAGUAUGUACAUUUUAACAUGUUUCGAAGCCACUAGGUAAAGUCAAAUAGCUCAUAACUACAGCUACAUGGGUAGUUUAAUGGAUAUUUUAGUUCCUAUUUAAUAACGUCCUUUAGGAGACAAAACUAUUAGGGAUGUACGAAUGUCUUCAUUUAAAAACUGUAAUCAAAUAUUAAAAUAGCGCGAACAUUUCAGAAAAAUACUCCAAAACAGACGAAAGCUGAAUUGUAUUUUUACCACAUACUUUAUGAAUUCUCACUAUUCACCUGUUUCCCACAUGAACUCUAUUGGAUUUAACUGACUCAAUAAACCAAAGAAACCAUUUGUGAUGAUGUUGUUGAAUGUACUGGGCGUCCAGUCUCAAAAACUUCUCAUCUUAGUACAAAUUACUAGUGUUUUUAAUUAUUCUUGCUUUAUAAAAGUAUGUCAUUGACCAUUUCCAAAUUGAGACUUUAGGAAUUCUCCUGCUUAAAAAAUUUCGAGCAGUUACUGUUCCAGUAUGAUUUUCCAAAGCAAAUUGUGUAUGUGGAUGUUGAGGCUUUGCGUUGAUUUGAAUUUAUUAGUUCAUACAUGAGAGUCAAAUGACGUUGUUGAGGGCCCUUUGAUUCCCAUGUGAUGUAAUAUGAAACAGUACCGUAUAUUUGAUUCAUUAUUGAUCAUUUGUUUUAAAAAAUCACGUGACAAUGAA